GAAAAUUGUUCCAGCAGAUCUUUUCGUGCACACGUGAUCAUGUUGGCGCAGCGUUCUUCCUCUGCGUUGGCGUUGUCGGCCUCUCGACAAGCUGCGCGACGCAACCUCUCUUCUCAGCCAAAGAUGCACAAGGUGAAGGAUCACUGGCAGAACUUGAAAAGCAAGCGUCCGAUCGACCAAGAUGAUCUACACCUCUGGUUGGGUUUUGCCUCCGCAUCCGAAACGAUUGACACAACCUUGGAUAGAGCGAAGUUGCGUAGCAAGCGGCAAGAGCCCUUACUGAAGCAGCACGACAUCUGGAGACGAGCAAGAAUCAGACGAGACGUUUUGAAUAUGGAUUCCGCAGGGCUACCCGUCGAUGAGGUCGAAGACGCGGAGAUCGGCACAUCCAAUUCCAUGAAAGAAACAGGCUCGCAAAAAAGAGCAAGCAAGCGCAAACCAACCAAUGAUUCGAACCAAAAUGAUCCAUCUCUCACCUCUUCUGCCAGCGAAAAAAGAGCACGAAAAUCUACUGAGCUAUUCAUCCCCGCGAACCCGCAUGAUACAGACCGAUCCGCACGCAUCGUAGAUGGCCGUGGCCAGACACUACAGUCAAUACCUCUAUGCAAAGGUGGAGGUGGCGGCAAAAAUACUACGAAAGCGGCCAUAUCUUUAACCAAUAAAGAGGAGGACGACGAUCUACCGGAACGAGGUACGAUGCCAGAUACUGGUCAGCUACGCAAGUGGACCAAAGCCUACAUUUGCUGCUUUAAUAUGGAGAAGGUUACCAUAAAACACGCUUUGGAAAUUGCCGGCGACAAGUUUGGUGUUGACCUGUCCUCCAAAAAGAGCGAGCUCAAGGAUUUACUCACGGAAGAAAUGUAA